GGCACUGCUUUACGUCACUUCACUUCGCUUUACUCCUCUGCCUUUCGCCCCGCAAUCCAAUCAAAUUAGGGAAAAAUGCAGAAGCUGCUCCAAUAUCAAAUCAAGUGAUACAGGGAAGAAGUUAGUCCACUCCACUACUGUCACUGACUCCUCACUUCCUCUCCCUCCAGCUCUUUUGCACCACAAUUCGCGAAAAAAGAAGAAGAAGAAAAAAAAAAGAGUCGGAGACAGGCAAGGAGCAGAGAAAGGACUAUGGGGGCGUGUUGCAACGAUGGCGUCACCUCAUCGCCCAGUUACAACUUCUUUCCCUCUCAAGAUAUGAGAUUCUCCAAGCACGUUCACGAUAAUGUCCACGGCAACAUUUAUCUUGAUCCGAUUGUUUUGAAGUUUAUCGAUACUGAACAGUUUCAAAGGCUUCGCGAUCUUAAACAGCUAGGUAUGGCACACAUGGUUUAUCCAGGAGCAGUGCACUCUAGAUUUGAACAUUCACUCGGAGUCUAUCAGCUUGCUGGUGAGGCUGUUCAUCGACUCCAAAGCCACCAAGGCUCGGAGCUUGAUAUUGAUAACUUUGAUUUACAAACAGUGAAACUUGCUGGGCUAUUACAUGAUAUUGGCCAUGGGCCUUUUAGUCACUUAUUUGAACGCGAGUUUCUUCCCAAAGUUCUCAACGGAUCUGAAUGGUCUCAUGAACAAAUGUCAGGGGAUCUGAUUGAUUAUAUUGUUGAUGCACAUCAUAUUGAAGUCGACCCUGAGAAGAUUAAAAGAGUCAAGGAGAUGAUACUUGCAAGUUCCAAAUUUGCUUUGCCGAAGAGUGCAAAGGAAAAGCAGUUUUUGUAUGACAUAGUGGCAAAUGGUCGAAAUGGAAUUGAUGUUGACAAGUUUGAUUACAUAGUCCGUGAUUCCCGAGCAUGUGGUCUAGGAUGCAGCUUUCUGUAUCAGAGGUUAAUGGAAACAAUGAGAGUUUUGGGUGAUGAGAUAUGCUAUCUGGCCAAGGAUUAUCUGACCAUCCACAAAUUAUUUGCCACUCGAGCUGAUUUGCAUCGAACAGUUUAUUCUCAUGCAAAAGUGAAGGCAAUUGAGCUAAUGGUUGUGGAUGCCCUACUCCAGGCAAAUAAUUACCUAAAUAUAACUUCUCAUAUACAGGAUCCUUCUGAGUAUUGGAAGUUAGAUGACACGAUAAUCAAAACUAUUGAAACAGCUCCAGACCAAGAAUUAAAGGAAUCUAGGGAUCUGAUCAUUCGUAUUCGAAGAAGAAACUUGUACCAGUUCUGCAAUGAGUAUGCAGUUCCCAAGGAUAAAUUGGAACAUUUUAAGGAUGUUACUGCACUAGACAUUAUCUGUUCCCAGAAAAAUGGUGGGGUGAUACUAAGAGAGGAAGACAUUGCUGUUAGCAAUGUUAGAAUAGAUCUGACUCGUGGGAGGCAUAAUCCUCUAGAAAGCAUCCACUUUUUCAAGGAUUAUGAGAGUGAGGAGAAGUUUUCCAUUGCUGAUGAUCGCAUCAGCCACUUGUUACCAACAUCUUAUCAGGAUAUGAUAGUCAGAGUGUACUCCAAAAAGCCAGAACUGGUAAGAGUUGUCUCUGAGGCAUUUGAGAACUUUCAGUUAAAUACUUAUGGAACUAAAGCUCAAGUGCACGAAACACCAGAGAAGAAAAAACGUCGGAUAUGACAUAUGUGGUUUGGGUUAUCUAUCCUUGUCCGGUUAUGACAUUUACGGUUUGGGUUAUUUAUCCUCUAUUUAUUACUCUUAAGUUCUUUUGAUUGUAAGACUUUUGCCCAAAUAUGUACAUGAACCCCUUCUGCACGUCUCAUUCUUGCCAAAAAAUCUCAAAUGAAUUUGUAAUGGUACACUUCCACCAUGUACAGCCAGAUGGGAAAGAUCAUUGCAGAAAAGCUUGAAUUGUCCCACUUAGCUUUUAGCACUCUCUAAUCUUUUGAUCAUUUUUUGGAUUAUGCCUUGCCAUUUGAAAUUAUUCUAAGUUAUGUAAA